GUGUUGGUGCGCAUGCGCGAGCUUCAGCUGAGCGGUGCGCCGGCUCCGCGACCCCUGGAGCUGGCGCUGGCGCUGGUGCUGGGGGCCCGGCGUGGGCCGUCGCCAUGGCAGCGGAAGCCACGUGGUGAAGGGGCCGACCCCCGGACUGGUCUGUCCGGCGGGCUCGCUGCCUGCGGGCGGGAACCCUGAGAUUCUGCCCCCGACUGGAUGCCUGCCGAGUGCUUCACUUGCCCGGCGAGAUGAGGAAAGUAGGUUGAAUGAGUGUGAUUCCAGAUGGAGUGAGCUGUCCCUAAACUGAGAUUGGACGUUGCUGGAGCCGUUUAAGCAGAAGCAUGAUCACUUCUCUCAGUGAUACUUCAGCAGCAAGAAAUGGAAUCAGAAUACCUUAAGGGUUCCCAGAGGCCCUGUGAUUGUGUUCUAAGAGUUGUCUAUGAGUUCCUGUCUACUAAGUCACAACAUGAAUUAUAACGUGUAAACAUUAGGGCUUCGCAUAUGAUGGCGUGGCUUAAAAUGGCCUCUCUGGGUCCCACAACUAUGUAAAAAUGUCUUUCAAUCAUGUACAAGACAGGAGGUUAUAAAGACAGACCUAUCAAAAGGCUAAGAGUAGAAAAAAAAAAAGACUCAGAAGGCACCGUGUCAACAUAUCACUAGAGUGGCACUGAUACUUCACGGGACUGCUGCCGUGUCCUGCCCGCAAUCUGCUGCACGUGCUGGGGUGUCGCUUCAGGACCUUGCUUCAGACACUCGGUGUGCAAAGCGCAGGAGAGGCUGCAGCCUGAGGGUGCCCUAUAAGGACGGCCCAGCAACAAUGAAGGUCCUUUUACUGAAAGACCCUAAGGAGGACGACGACCGCGGCCAGGACCCCUACAUCAGGGAAUUAGGACUGUAUGGGCUUGAAGCCACUUUGAUCCCUGUUCUGUCCUUUGAGUUUCUGUCUCUUCCCAGUUUCUCGGAGAAGCUGUCUCAUCCUGAAGGUUACGGGGGCCUCAUUUUUACCAGCCCCAGAGCAGUGGAAGCGGUGAAGCUAUGUUUGGAGAAGGCCAAUAAAACUGAAGCCUGGGAAACGUCUCUGAAAGAAAAAUGGAAUUCGAAGUCAGUGUAUGUGGUGGGAAAUGCUACUGCUUCUCUAGUGAGUAAAAUUGGCCUGGACCCUGAAGGAGAAAACUGUGGAAACGCAGAAAAGCUUGCAGAAUACAUUUGUUCCCGGGAGUCGUCAGCUCUGCCUCUUCUCUUUCCCUGCGGAAACCUCAAACGAGAAACCCUGCCACGUAUGCUCAAGGACAAAGGGGUCCCCAUGGAGAGCAUAACUGUCUACCAGACGAUUCCGCACCCCGGGAUCCAGGGGAACCUCAACAGCUACUAUUCCCAGCAGGGCAUUCCAGCCAGCAUCACGUUUUUCAGCCCCUCUGGCCUGUCGUACAGUCUCAAGCAUAUUCAGGAAUUAUCUGGUGACAGCAUUGACCAGAUUAAGUUCGUGGCCAUCGGCCCCACCACGGCCCGCGCCCUGGCCGCGCAGGGCCUGCCCGUGAGCUGCACCGCGGAGAGCCCCACGCCGCGAGCCCUGGCCGCCGGCAUCAGGACGGCGCUCCAGCCCCACAGAUGCUGAGCCAGCUGCCCUGGGUCUUGCUGCUCCCCCGGGGCCCAGGCGACGUGUGGUGCCUCCGGGUGGGGCCAGGCCUCCGGCGGGGGAUCCAGGAAGCUGUCACCUCCUCACCCCUGCCUCGCGCCCGGAGGGAGCCACCCGGACACCGGGGAGCUGCAGGGGGACCCGAGGCCAGCAUCAGGCCCACAUGCACCUGCCCUGCCUCCGCAGAGGCAACUCGGACCCUCGGCCGGCACUCAGGGCUCCUCUGGCAGCAGGAAGGAGAUCAAAUACAGUGCGCUGGACACUUGGGCUGAUGGGUAUUGUCACUACAGCCUCCGCUGUGGUCAGUGCAAAGCUGUGUCUGGGGAGAAGCACGUGUACCCCGUUGUGAAAACUGAUAAGCUGGAAUCACUAAUAAAGUUUGCUGUGUGUGAAGGA